AUGCUGUUUGGUACCUCAGCCAAGGCCUUCCACGCCACCCGGCAUCCUGUGGCAGCCGUCCUGGCGCUCGGCGGCCUUGUUGCGGGCCUCACCGCCAUCUAUUCCUCGAUCGACUUUGAUGCUGCGCAGGCGCCGACGCCGCACCGCGAGCUACACGCAGAAGUUGACGCGCUCGUUGCCUCGCACCGCGAGCGCAUCCGUGAGCUGCAGGCCUCGUUCUCGGCCAUGUCGGCCGAGUCUGCUCAAGCCGGCGAGCGACUGGCGGCGACACACGCUGCGGAGCGAUCGUCGUGGGAGGCGGAGCGAAAGGCGCUGCAGGAGGAGCUGGCCAUGACGGAGAUGCUGCUGGGCAAAGAGAAGGAGGAUCGUUUGGCGCUUGAGGCUCAAUUGGGUCGUGCGAGCGAUAGCGCUGGUGCGGCGGUGAAGGCUGACAUGGCCAAGCUCGAGCGCGAGCUGAUCGCCACCUCGCGCGCCUUGGACAAGGCGCUCAAGAAGAAUGCCAUACUGGAGGAAGAGCUGGCAGAGGCUAAGCUUGCUGCAGCAGAAGCAGCUGCCACAGCUGCCGCACCUGGGUCACCAUCGCACGCUGAAUCGGCUGCCCCGGGCUUGCCAUCACCGGAUGAGUGGGCCGAGGCGCUCAAGCACAUGGCUUUGCUGGAGGAGACCGUCCGCGCCGAGUGCGAGGAGCGAAUUGAGCUCAAGGCCCAGAUCAAGUUCCUCAAGGCCCAGAUCAAACAGCUGCAGCGGUAGCUGCAGAGGGCUCCUCUCGGCAUGGAUUUUACCAUCUGUUCGC